CUCGCCGGCUCGGUGCGGCGGGCUCUGCGUCGUUAAAGUGGUUGUAGCGGUGGCGCUUUCACUUGCGGCCCAGUCUCGAGAGCGGUAGUGGUAGAGAGAAAACAGCCCUUCUUAAUUCUUGAUCAGCUGGCUAUAACAUAACAUCUCAUCACCAUGGCAGAAAUGUCUCCAGAGGAAAUUCAGAUGAGGGCCAACCAGGUCACUGAUGAGUCUUUGGAAAGCACAAGAAGGAUUCUUGGCUUGGCUGUUGAGUCCCAGGAUGUAGGAGUCAAGACUAUCACCAUGCUGGAUGAACAAGGAGAAAAGCUAAAUCGUAUAGAAGAAGGCAUGGACCAGAUAAACAAGGACAUGAGAGAAGCUGAGAAGACUUUGACAGAACUCAAUAAGUGUUGUGGUCUUUGUAUCUGUCCUUGUAAAAGGACAAAGAACUUUGAAUCUAGCAAGGCAUACAAAACAACCUGGGGUGAAAGUUCAGAGAAUGCAACAAAUAAUGUGGUAGCCAGGCAACCAAGAAGUGUAAAUCAGAAUCAACCACAGACAGCUGGAGGAGCAAGCGGGGGAUAUGUUACACGGAUAACGAAUGAUGCCAGAGAGGAUGAGAUGGAAGAAAAUCUGACUCAGGUGGGAACUAUCCUAGGGAAUCUAAAACACAUGGCUUUGGAUAUGGGCAAUGAGAUUGAUGCACAAAACAAGCAGAUAGACCGGAUAAAUGAGAAGGCGGAUACCAACAAAGAUCGCAUUGAGCAUGCCAAUGUCAGAGCCAAGAAACUCAUUGAUAGCUAAAGCCUGCUGCCAUUGUCCAAUAUCUUUCUCCAGCUGCAAGCCACCAUUUUCAUGGAUCUGUGAAACUUCCUGUAUCUCAGAAUAAAAAGGGCUGUGAAGAGUGAAAAAGAAGCUGCUUCAUUAGGGUUUCCCUCUUCUUGGCCUCUGUAUUCAGACUUGGCUUUGACUUCUCCAGCAAAGUUGCCAACCUAGCUCACUCUUAAUAGAGAAGAAUUGAUCCUGUUUUAAUCUAAUUUUAAUUCAGCCUGUGCAGGGCUUGCUUUCACAGCUUUUGGGUUUUUUGGCUUUGUUUUGCCUCCCCCCCCCCCGCUUUUUUUGGUUUUUAAUAUAUUCUUCAUCCUUUCCCCUGCACAAACUGUUCUAUUCAGUUUGGGGAAAAUGGUGGUGUAACAUGAGUUAACACUUGUGGAAAGGUUGGACAGGGCACUUCAUAUGCUUUAUGUUCCUUUGAAUUACCUCAGAGUUGUGUACCCUCACUAAAAUAAGGGCUUGAUUCUUAUGUCUGGUACUUCUUAAUUUAGCAGCUUUACAGGUGGUUGGUUUAACUUCCAAGCAAUUUAUGAAAGGCUUUGGGGGGCUAAGUUUGAACUACCAGAUGUAACAAGUUAUAGCCAAUGGCUACUACAUUUAGGUUGAGGGCUUUAAUACAUAUUUGUUUAAACACAAAUUUGUAAUGUUAAAUUAAAUUGGAGGGGUACACCAGCUUUAAUCCAUCACUUUACAUUAAGGAAAAAAUAAAUGGCAUGGUUAGCAACUUCUGCUGCAUUUUUUUCCUAAUAAUUGUAUCACACACUUUUUGAAGUAACCAUAAAGCUUUGGACAAAACUUCAAAAUGAAUAAAAAUAUCUGAGCUUACAAGAGACUUGAGUCUGAAUACAUAGUAGAGCAGAUAUCUUGUACUUGUAUAGAUCUGUGUCUAAUGUAAUCCAGUGCUAUAUCAAAAAUCUCAGUUGGGGUUUAUAUAAAGGUUUGUUCCCCUGCA